AUGAAGAAAGUGUGGAAUAUAUACACAUUAGAAUACUACUCAGCGGUAAAAAACAAUGACUUCUCGAAUUUUGCAUGCAAAUGGAUGGAAAUAGAACACACUAUCCUGAGUGAGGUAACCCAGACCCAAAAAGAUGAACAUGGGAUGUACUCACUCAUAAUUGGUUUCUAGAGAUAAAUAAAGGUCAGUGAGUCUAUAAUUUGAUCUCCUAAAGAACCAUGAACAUAUUUUAACAAAGAAGAGGCUUUUAUGCAGAGACUGUUGCUAAGGCUUCCCACCAGGACACAAGAUUCCCAAAUGUAGCCCAGAUUCACAUUAGUCGGGGGUUCAUAAAGGCUAAAACCAUAAAGUUAUAUUCUUUUUUGCAGCCAGUAAUCUUUCAGGUGUCCUGCUUAUCCCCAGCAAAACAUGCUCUUGUUUACAGCAGCAGAAACAGCAGAUCACUUUGGGACCAUCUUGCACCAACAACAGUUUUGUUAAAGUUGCACAAGACCGGGCAAUUACAAAACAACUCCUAACAUCUAGAUCUCCAAUUUUGCUUCGUAGUUAAAAUUUUUAAACAGAAAGCAGGCCAUCAACAUAACUAACGUUAGCCAUCACAAGUAUCUGUCCUGCCACGGGAAGGUAUUUUGUUUUGUUUUUUGUUUGUUUGUUUGUUUUUUUGUUUUGUUUUCUGCAAAGCAUUUCACAUUUGACAGCACCAGCUACUAGAAAAUAAAAAGAAUUCUGCUUCCUAUUCGAAUUUGCCAGUGCAGAUGUCCAGUAGAAAAGAAAAAAAAAAAAAUCUCAGAGUCUUUACACAUCAAUCCAAAAUACUUCAGCCUGUGUCUGGUUUUUGUGAAGGCUGAUAUUAUUUCCACUUACGAAUAAGAAACAUUUGUAUAUCCAUCAUUAGCUGAUAUAACUUUAUCAGCUAAAGGUUUAACUCUAAUAUUUAACCCGGGCCAGUCUUUAUAGAGGGCUAGGGAGACAGCGACCUCUUCUGGCUUUUGUGACCAACUGCACCCGCACCCCGCCCCUCCUCCUGUCACUGAGGAGGUGGGGGCCCGAAGCUCUGUCCAAUCGAAAGCACUGUUAUAAGAGUUUCCAAUCAGAUUCCCUGACCGAGUAGGGGGCGGGCUACGUUCAGAACUAAGGUUCUCUUACCAGCACUACCCUCCCCGCCCCCUGCCGACACCCUCCCCUUCCAACCCCUCUAGGCAUCUGUCCUGAGCUGCCUCUUGGUCUAGGUACCCGGAAUUCUCUGCCUGGUUCUGUCGCUAGUGACUCGCUACUCCCUGCUGCGGGGAGCUCCACUGCUAGGACGCGGGGGGUCCAGGAACCGGAAAUGGAUUCUGUAUCAUUUGAGGACAUCUCUUUGGACUUCACCUGGGAUGAGUGGCAGGAUCUUGAUGCUGCUCAGAGGAUGCUCUACAGGGAUGUGAUGCUCGAGAACUACAGCAGCCUCAUGUUCUUGGGGUACUGCAUGUCCAAACCCGAGUUGAUCUUCAAGUUGGAGCAUGGAUAUGGACCAUGGAGUGUAGCAGAAGCCUCUAUCCAGAGCCUUCCAGGUGUUCAUAAAGUGGCUGCUCCAAUUGGGAACCUCCAGGACUAUCACACGGAACUUUUGUGGCAAGUUGAGAUCACCAACAGCCAGACAUCGAACGAAGAAAUUGUUGAAGCAGAACUGAACGUGACAGAGAAAAUCCACCCAGGGACCACAUCUUACGAAGGCAAAGGCUGUGUGAAGGCAUUCUGCCAGCAGUCACAGCACACGAGGGAUCAGAGGACACACGCGUGUAAAAGAAGCUUCAUGUAUAAGCCCCUGCUCAGUGACUGUCAGAGACUUAAAGAGGAGACACCCUGUGCACACAGACCGUGCAGGAAUGCAUUCUCUUGGAAGUCACACCUCACUGAACAUCAGAGAAGACCUCUCGGUGAGAAGCCACACGAGAGUUCAGGAUGUGGGAAAGCUUCCCACACCAAGUCUCAGCGUCAGAUCAGUCAUACAGACGAGAAGCCCUACAAAUGUCUGGAAUGUGGGAAGUAUUUCUACUACAAGUCUCAAAUCACUGAGCACCGGAGAAGUCAUACCGGCGAGAAGCCUUAUGAGUGCACAGAAUGCGGAAAAUCGUUCAGCUAUAAGUCACAUCUCACCGUGCAUCAGAGAAGUCAUACAGGGGAGAAGCCACAUCAAUGUACAGAGUGUAGGAAAGUUUUUUACUAUAAGUCACAACUCACUCGACACCAGAGGAGCCAUACGGGGGAGAAGCCGUAUGAAUGUUUGAAAUGUGGAAAAUCUUUCUACUGUAACACACACCUUUCUCUGCAUCAGAGAAUUCACGUAAGUGAGAAACCUUAUGAGUGUGCGGAAUGUGGCAAAGCUUUCUCUUUCAGUGCGUGCCUCACUCGACAUCAGAAGACUCACACAGAUGAGAAGCCAUUUGAGUGUCCACAGUGCCCCAAAGCUUUCUACUUUAAGAAACAGCUUACUCAUCAACUGAAGACGCAUACUGCUGAGAGGCGCUUUGAAUGUAAACAGUGUGGAAAAGCGUUCUACUGGAGGUCUAACCUUACUUUGCAUCAGAAAACUCAUACUGGGGAGAAGCCUUAUGAAUGUAAACAAUGUGGAAAAGCAUUUUACUGCAAGUCCCACCUCACUGUACAUCAGAGAACUCACAUAAGUGACAAGCUCUUCCAAUGCACAGACUGUAGGAAAGCAUUUUAUUCUCAGGCACAGCUUACUGUUCAUCAGAAGACUCACACUGAUGAGAAGCCCUUUGAAUGUAAGCAAUGUGGGAAAGCCUUCUACAGCAAGUCUGGCCUUACAGCACAUCAGAAAACUCAUACAGGAGAGAAGCCCUAUGAAUGUAAACAGUGCGGAAAAGCCUUCUAUAACAAGUAUUUGCUCAUUGAGCAUCACCGAGUUCAUACAGGUGAGAAGCCCUAUCAAUGCACAGAAUGCAAGAAAGCAUUCUACUGCAAGAAAUACCUUUCUCUACAUCAGAAAACUCAUGCAAGUGAGAAGUCAUUUCAUUGUGCAGAAUGUGGGAAAGCUUUUUCCUGGAUGUCACACCUCACUCAGCACCAGAGAAUCCAUACAGGUGAAAAGCCGUACACGUGUGAACAAUGUAGGAAAGCUUACUACUUCAAGAAACAACUCACUCGGCAUCAGAGAACUCAUGCGCGUGAGAAGUCGUUAGAUGCAAAUAAUGCAGGACAUGUCACAGCAAAUCCUCCUCUGUGUGUGAAAGAACUUGUACAGAGGAGAAACCCUGUAAGUGUAUCAAAUGCAGACGUUCUCCCUCAUGUCAUGCCUAGGAGUGUAACGAAUCUGAAAGCUCACCCAAGUGUAUAAUCAGAACGCUUGCAGGUGAGAAUCUGAUUGGUGUGAAAACUCUGGGAAGUUCCUAGUGUAAGUCAGCUGUAACUCUACCAGUGAACACAUACCACAGUGAGACAUAUGACUGUGAAGAUUGGUGGAAGGAUUGGUACCACAGUGCUCUCUGUCAAAGAAGCCAUAUAUGGGAAUGUCUCCUGUUGAUAUAAAACAUGUAGAAAGCCUGUGUCGUUCUUCAGCUGAAUUGAGUAUAUUGUACGUGAAUAACAUUGGAUGGAAAGAACAGAGGAAAACUUUCUAACGUUAAGUUCCAUGAAUUCACACCUGGAAACUUAUGCAGGUGUGGGGCCCAAUGAAACUGAUAAAAAUAGACAUGUUUUGAAAUAGAAGUCAGGCCUCUACAUUAGAAACUUCAUAUGUGAUAUGCCAGGUAGAGCAAAAAUUGUAGUGAGGUAUAUACUGUAUGCUUUCAAGUCUAGAUCAUCAUCCUGCAGGUUUAUUCACACACAGUAAUUGAAGACUAGCCUUAGCAACAUACAAUAUCAUUCCAUAUGCUUAAAAGCAGUAAAGCCUUUUUGAAGAGCCCCAUGUCAGAUAAUGAAUUUAAUUGCAGCCUUUGUGUUUAAAGCCCCAAAAAUAUGAAGAGUACCAAAACUUUGGAAUUGAACUUAAAAUUCAUCUGGCUUCAGAAGCCCAGUAGAGAUGAUUAAGCAGAGGAACCAAUUUGAAAACACUUUGGUAGUCCAGCUGAGUUUGUUACAAAGAUUCACCAACAAAGCAUAGAUGUAAGGAGUCUAGAAUAGGCAUUCGGCCAUGUUACCACAGCACCAGCCAUCAGUUAACCCGUGAAAGUGAGAGCACAUUUGAAGUUUAAACGUUAACUUGUUUAAAUGUGGCUCAGUGGCAGUGUGCAUAUGAGUCUUGCACUGUACGUCUUCACAUAGUCGUUUUCACGUGUUAUCUUGAUUUAGAAUAUUUACAUUCACGGGGCAUUUGGAAAUCAGUUAAAAUUGUCUACAAGUUUUAAUGUCUCAUCAGACAUGAACAUUUUGAUGCUUUUUUGAUGUCACAAUUUUAUAGUUGUUUUGAUUUGUAGCAUGAGUGUCCUCUGGCUUCUGAAUGUGCAUAGUUACGUACCCAUACACAUGCAUACAGGACAUGAGCACACAGUAGAAAAAUACCAAUUUUGUUAUACAUUAGGAAAUUGUAUAGCAAAACAUCAGUAUAUGUAAUUUUCAUGUUAAUUUUCAAAUGAAGUAACAUAAUAUUCCUUGCCAAUAACAAUCAAUCAACUUUUUUUUAAAUUUUAUUUAUUUAUUUAUUUUUUUGGUUUUUCGAGACAGGGUUUUCCUGUAGAUUUGGAGCCUGUCCUGGAACUAGCUUUUGUAGACCAGGUUGGUCUUGAACUCACAGAGAUCUGCCUGCCUCUGCCUCCCUGGUGCUGGGAUUAAAGGCAUGUGCCACCACUGCCCAACCUGCAAUUUUUAUUUUAUUUUUUAGGUUUUGUUCUCUAUUGUAAUGCAUUGGAUCAAAAUCAUAGUCAGGAAUUCUAGGCAAGUGCUGUAUCCCCUAGGCAAUGUUUUGAUGAAUUUGUUGUUAUCACUGCAACUUUGUAGUUGAAACUAAUCUAUUAAAGGCCAUACAUACAUACAUAAAUAUCUGUACUUUCUGGAUAGUAGGCUUUAUCUCCUUGAGUUGCUUUAGCAUAACCACAUAGAAUAUGUGAAGUUUUGUCUAUAAACAUAGCAGCUGAAGGUAUAUUUACCUUAGUAAUAAGGCAUAUGUCUCUGCAAGUCCACUGUGUAACUAAUCCCCAGCACAAAGAACAUAGACAGAUUUAAAGACAGGAAACAUAAUACAAAGAGAAGGUACCAGAUUUAUUAUUCAGAGCCCUGUCUUUGUGACCUCGUCCAACUGUGUUACACAUUCUAAAGUUUAAAAUACUUCCCCAAAUAGUGUCACAAUUUGAAGAUCAAACACUCGGAACAUAAACAUUAGGCAGACAUUCCAUGUAGCUGCACAGCAGUGUCCUCAAAUUGUUAAGUUACCUAAUAUUUUAAAGAAGCCUAGGAGACUUAUAUUAAAGCAAAUACAAUUAAAACCAAAAAACCCAAAGAUAAAAUAUAUAAAGCAUUUAGAAAUAAAUAACACAUUUUAAUUAGAAAAAUAUGCACAGUAGAUAACAUCAUAAAAAUUAGAGGCACAAUAUCAAUGAAGUAGCUUUUAAGUAAAGAAGGAAAAUUAAAAAUCAGGUACUGAGUUUUGUGUUUAGCAGAGUAUCCUUUAAAGAGCUGAGUAGAGGACGUAAUGUAAUUCAAGUUAUAUAUGAGUUUCACAAAAAAUAAAAUUGGAAAU